CAACCCGCCCCAUUCUCCCGCUUUCCAUCACACCGCCCCAUUCUCCCGCUUUCCAUCACCCCGCCCCAUUCUCCCGCUUUCCAUCACCCCGCCCCAUUCUCCCGCUUUCCAUCACCCCGCCCCAUUCUCCCGCUUUCCAUCACUCCGCCCCAUUCUCCCGCUUUCCAUCACCCCGCCCCAUUCUCCCGCUUUCCAUCACCCCGCCCCAUUCUCCCGCUUUCCAUCACCCCGCCCCAUUCUCCCGCUUUCCAUCACCCCGCCCCAUCCUCCCUCCUUCCAUCACCCCGCCCCAUUCUCCCGCUUUCCAUCACCCCGCCCCAUUCUCCCUCUUUCCAUCACCCCUCCCCAUUCUCCCGCUUUCCAUCACCCCGCCCCAUCCUCCCUCCUUCCAUCACCCCGCCCCAUUCUCCCGCUUUCCAUCACCCCGCCACAUUCUCCCUCUUUCCAUCACCCCUCCCCAUUCUCCCGCUUUCUAUCACCCCGCCCCAUUCUCCCGCUUUCCAUCACCCCGCCCCAUUCUCCCGCUUUCCAGCAACCCGCCCCAUUCUCCCACUUUCCAUCACCUCGCCCCAUUCUCCCGCUUUCCAUCACCCCGCCCCAUUCUCCCGCUUUCCAUCACCCCGCCCCAUUCUCCCGCUUUCCAUCACCCCGCCCCAUUCUCCCGCUUUCCAUCACCCCGCCCCAUUCUCCCGCUUUCCAUCACCCCGCCCCAUUCUCCCGCUUUCCAUCACCCGCCCCAUUCUCCCGCUUUCCAUCACCCCGCACCAUUCUCCCGCUUUCCAUCACCUCGCCCCAUUCUCCCACUUUCCAUCACCCCGUCCCAUUCUACCGCUUUCCAUCACCCAGCCCCAUUCUCCCUCCUUCCAUCACCCCGCCCCAUUCUCCCUCCUUCCAUCACCCCGCCCCAUUCUCCCGCUUUCCAUCACCCCGCCCCAUUCUCCCGCUUUCCAUCACCCCGCCCCAUUCUCCCGUUUUCCAUCACCCCGCCCCAUUCUCCCGCUUUCCAUCACCCCGCCCCAUUCCUCCCGCUUUCCAUCACCCCGCCCUAUUCUCCCGCUUUCCAUCACCCCGCCCCAUUCUCCCGCUUUCCAUCACCCCGCCCCAUACUCCCUCCUUCCAUCACCCCGCCCCAUUCUCCCGCUUUCCAUCACCCCGCCCCAUUCUCCCGCUUUCCAUCACCCCGCCCCAUUCUCCCGCUUUCCAUCACCCGGCCCCGUUCUCCCGCUUUCCAUCACCCCGCCCCAUUCUCCCGCUUUCCAUCACCCGGCCCCAUUCUCCCGCUUUCCAUCACCCCGCCCCAUUCUCCCGCUUUCCAUCACCCCGCCCCAUUCUCCCGCUUUCCAUCACCCCGCCCCAUUCUCCCGCUUUCCAUCACCCCGCCCCAUUCUCCCGCUUUCCAUCACCCCGCCCCAUUCUCCCGCUUUCCAUCACCCCGCCCCAUUCUCCCGCUUUCCAUCACCCCGCCCCAUUCUCCCACUUUCCAUCACCCCGCUCCAUUCUCCCUCCUUCCAUCACCCCGCCCCAUCCUCCGGCUUUCCAUCACCCCGCCCCAUUCUCCCGCUUUCCAUCACCCCGCUCCAUUCUCCCUCCUUCCAUCACCCCGCCCCAUCCUCCUGCUUUCCAUCACCCCGCCCCAUUCUCCCGCUUUCCAUCACCCCGCCCCAUUCUCCCGCUUUCCAUCACCCCGCCCCAUUCUCCCGCUUUCCAUCACCCCGCCCCAUUCUCCCGCUUUCCAUCACCCCGCCCCAUUCUCCCGCUUUCCAUCACCCCGCCCCAUCCUCCCUCCUUCCAUCACCCCGCCCCAUUCUCCCGCUUUCCAUCACCCCGCCCCAUUCUCCCUCUUUCCAUCACCCCGCCCCAUUCUCCCUCCUUCCAUCACCCCGCUCCAUUCUCCCUCAUUCCAUCACCCCGCUCCAUUCUCCCUCUUUCCAUCACCCCUCCCCAUUCUCCCGCUUUCCAUCACCCCGCCCCAUUCUCCAUCUUUCCAUCACCCCGCCCCAUUCUCCCUCUUUCCAUCACCCCGCCCCAUUCUCCCGCUUUCCAUCAUCCUGCCCCAUUUUCCCUCUUUCCAUCACCCCGCCCCAUUCUCCCGGUUUCCAGCAACCCGCCCCAUUCUCCCGCUUUCCAUCACCCCGCCCCAUUCUCCCGCUUUCCAUCACCCCGCCCCAUUCUCCCGCUUUCCAUCACCCCGCUCCAUUCUCCCUCUUUCCAUCACCCCGCCCCAUUCUCCCUCCUUCCAUCACCCCGCUCCAUUCUCCCUCAUUCCAUCACCCCGCUCCAUUCUCCCUCUUUCCAUCACCCCUCCCCAUUCUCCCGCUUUCCAUCACCCCGCCCCAUUCUCCAUCUUUCCAUCACCCCGCCCCAUUCUCCCUCUUUCCAUCACCCCGCCCCAUUCUCCCGCUUUCCAUCACCCCGCCCCAUUCUCCCUCUUUCCAUCACUCCGCCCCAUUCUCCCGCUUUCCAUCACCCCGCCCCAUUCUCCCGCUUUCCAUAACCCCGCCCCAUUCUCCCGCUUUCCAUCAUCCUGCCCCAUUCUCCCUCUUUCCAUCACCCCGCCCCAUUCUCCCGGUUUCUAGCAACCCGCCCCAUUCUCCCGCUUUCCAUCACCCCGCCCCAUUCUCCCGCUUUCCAUCACCCCGCCCCAUUCUCCCGCUUUCCAUCACCCCGCCCCAUUCUCCCUCUUUCCAUCACCCCGCCCCAUUCUCCCGCUUUCCAUCACCCCGCCCCAUUCUCCCUCCUUCCAUCACCCUGCCCCAUUCUCCCUCCUUCCAUCACCCUGCCCCAUUCUCCCGCUUUCCAUCACCCCGCCCCAUUCUCCCGCUUUCCAUCACCCCGCCCCAUUCUCCCGCUUUCCAUCACCCCGCCCCAUACUCCCGCUUUCCAUCACCCCGUCCCAUACUCCCUCCUUCCAUCACCCCGCCCCAUUCUCCCUCUUUCCAUCACCCCGCCCCAUUCUCCCGCUUUCCAUCACCCCGCCCCAUUCUCCCGCUUUCCAUCACCCCGCCCCAUUCUCCCGCUUUCCAUCACCCGGCCCCGUUCUCCCCCUUUCCAUCACCCCGCCCCAUUCUCCCGCUUUCCAUCACCCCGCCCCAUUCUCCCGCUUUCCAUCACCCCGCCCCAUUCUCCCGCUUUCCAUCACCCCGCCCCAUUCUCCCGCUUUCCAUCACCCCGCCCCAUUCUCCCGCUUUCCAUCACCCCGCCUUAUUCUCCCGCUUUCCAUCACCCCGCCUUAUUCUCCCGCUUUCCAUCACCCCGCCCCAUUCUCCCGCUUUCCAUCACCCCGCCCCAUCCUCCGGCUUUCCAUCACCCCGCCCCAUUCUCCCGCUUUCCAUCACCCCGCUCCAUUCUCCCUCCUUCCAUCACCCCGCCCCAUCCUCCUGCUUUCCAUCACCCCGCCCCAUUCUCCCGCUUUCCAUCACCCCGCCCCAUUCUCCCGCUUUCCAUCACCCCGCCCCAUUCUCCCGCUUUCCAUCACCCCGCCCCAUUCUCCCGCUUUCCAUCACCCCGCCCCAUUCUCCCGCUUUCCAUCACCCCGCCCCAUCCUCCCUCCUUCCAUCACCCCGCCCCAUUCUCCCGCUUUCCAUCACCCCGCCCCAUUCUCCCUCUUUCCAUCACCCCGCCCCAUUCUCCCUCCUUCCAUCACCCUGCUCCAUUCUCCCUCAUUCCAUCACCCCGCUCCAUUCUCCCUCUUUCCAUCACCCCUCCCCAUUCUCCCGCUUUCCAUCACCCCGCCCCAUUCUCCAUCUUUCCAUCACCCCGCCCCAUUCUCCCUCUUUCCAUCACCCCGCCCCAUUCUCCCGCUUUCCAUCACCCCGCCCCAUUCUCCCGCUUUCCAUCACCCCGCCCCAUUCUCCCUCUUUCCAUCACCCCGCCCCAUUCUCCCUCUUUCCAUCACCCCGCCCCAUUCUCCCUCUUUCCAUCACCCCGCCCCAUUCUCCCGCUUUCCAUCAUCCUGCCCCAUUUUCCCUCUUUCCAUCACCCCGCCCCAUUCUCCCGGUUUCCAGCAACCCGCCCCAUUCUCCCGCUUUCCAUCACCCCGCCCCAUUCUCCCGCUUUCCAUCACCCCGCCCCAUUCUCCCGCUUUCCAUCACCCCGCCCCAUUCUCCCUCUUUCCAUCACCCCGCCCCAUUCUCCCUCCUUCCAUCACCCCGCUCCAUUCUCCCUCAUUCCAUCACCCCGCUCCAUUCUCCCUCUUUCCAUCACCCCUCCCCAUUCUCCCGCUUUCCAUCACCCCGCCCCAUUCUCCAUCUUUCCAUCACCCCGCCCCAUUCUCCCUCUUUCCAUCACCCCGCCCCAUUCUCCCGCUUUCCAUCACCCCGCCCCAUUCUCCCUCUUUCCAUCACUCCGCCCCAUUCUCCCGCUUUCCAUCACCCCGCCCCAUUCUCCCGCUUUCCAUCACCCCGCCCCAUUCUCCCGCUUUCCAUCAUCCUGCCCCAUUCUCCCUCUUUCCAUCACCCCGCCCCAUUCUCCCGGUUUCCAGCAACCCGCCCCAUUCUCCCACUUUCCAUCACCCCGCCCCAUUCUCCCGCUUUCCAUCACCCCGCCCCAUUCUCCCGCUUCCCAUCACCCCGCCCCAUUCUCCCUCUUUCCAUCACCCCACCCCAUUCUCCCGCUUUCCAGCACCCCGCCCCAUUCUCCCGCUUUCCAUCACCCCGCCCCAUUCUCCCGCUUUCCAUCACCCCGCCCCAUUCUCCCUCCUUCCAUCACCCUGCCCCAUUCUCCCUCCUUCCAUCACCCUGCCCCAUUCUCCCGCUUCCAUCACCCCGCCCCAUUCUCCCGCUUUCCAUCACCCCGCCCCAUUCUCCCGCUUUCCAUCACCCCGUCCCAUUCUCCCGCUUUCCAUCACCCCGCCCCAUUCUCCCGCUUUCCAUCACCCCGCCCCAUUCUCGCGCUUUCCAUCACCACGUCCCAUUCUCCCUCUUUCCAUCACCCCGCCCCAUUCUCCCUCUUUCCAUCACCCCGCCCCAUUCUCCCGCUUUCCAUCAUCCCACCCCAUUCUCGCGCUUUCCAUCACCCUGCCCCAUUCUCCCGCUUUCCAUCACCCCGCCCCAUUCUCCCGCUUUCCAUCAUCCUGCCCCAUUCUCCCUCUUUCCAUCACCCCGCCCCAUUCUCCUGGUUUCCAGCACCCCGCCCCAUUCUCCCGCUUUCCAUCACCCCGCCCCAUUCUCCCGCUUUCCAUCACCCCGCCCCAUUCUCCCGCUUUCCAUCACCCCGCCCCAUUCUCCCGCUUCCCAUCACCCCGCCCCGUUCUCCCUCUUUCCAUCACCCCGCCCCAUUCUUCCGCAUUCCAUCACCCCGCCCCAUUCUUCCGCUUUCCAUCACCCCGCCCCAUUCUCCUGCUUUCCAUCACCCCGCCUCAUUCUCCCACUUUCCAUCACCCCGCCCCAUUCUCCCGCUUUCCAUCACCCCGCCCCAUUCUUCCGCUUUCCAUCACCCCGCCCCAUUAUCUCGCCUUCCAUCACCCCGCCCCAUUGUCCCGCGUUCCAACAUUCCGCCCCAUUCUCCCGCUUCCCAUCACUCCGCCCCAUCCCCCCUCCUUCCAUCACUCCGCCCCAUUCUCCCGCUUCCAUCACCCCGCCCCAUUCUCCCGCUUUCCAUCACCCCGCCCCAUUCUCCCGCUUUCCAUCACCCCGCCCCAUUCUCCCGCUUUCCAUCACCCCGCCCCAUUCUCCCGCUUUCCAUCACCCCGCCCCAUUCUCCCGCUUUCCAUCACCCCGCCCCAUUCUCCCGCUUUCCAUCACCCCGCCCCAUUCUCCCGCUUUCCAUCACCCCGCCCCAUUCUCCCGCUUUCCAGCACCCCGCCCCAUUCUCCCACUUUCCAUCACCCCGCCCCAUUCUCCCGCUUUCCAUCACCCCGCCCCAUUCUCCCUCUUUCCAUCACCCCGCCCCAUUCUCCCUCUUUCCACCACCCUGCCCCAUUCUCCCGCUUUCCAUCACCCCACCCCAUUCUCCCUCUUUCUAUCACCCUGCCCCAUUCUCCCUCUUUCCAUCACCCCGCCCCAUUCUCCCGCUUUCCAUCACCCCGCCCCAUUCUCCCGCUUUCCAUCACCCCGCCCCAUCCUCCCUCCUUCCAUCAUCCCGCCCGAUGCAAGCAUCAUCGGUCAUCGGCGCUCGCGAAUGAAAAGCGCCCGCUGCACUUCCUGCACAUGUGCGGAUCUUUCCGCGUUUCGGGGCUGGAAGCACUCGUUCUGA